GGAGCUGAGUGCCUUCGUGAAGCUGCUCUUCUGGACCGACAGCGGCAACAUCCUGGGCCUUGUGCCCCCAAGCCAUCCGAAAGGCUCUGGGAAGCUGCGCCUGGUCUCCUUCAUCACGGACGACUACCCCAAUAGCUGGCAGGAUGAAAUGGAAGUGGAAGACGAUGCCUGGUAUCACGUGACAGUGACCUUUCGUCCGGGCAACAGCGCGGUGGAACUGAAGCUGCAGGGCGUUCAGUUCAGCAGCGGGGUUAUUCCAGUGAACAUGCUCGCGAUGAGCAGUGGGCCCCAGCUGGGCGUCUACUCCUUCGAAUAUUCUGGAUCGUGGCCGAGUGCUCUGGAUGUAAGAGUAGAAGAGAUCCACGGAUUCACGCGCAUUCCUUGA